ACAUAGUGCGGACUCACUUGCACCUAGUAGUAUUCGAUCCGCUUGGAAAUUUUGCUCGCCGUUUGCUUUCUCAAAGGCUCAAAAAAAUGCAGCUACCACCGACUUACCUGGCUUCGCAAGUGAACGCGAACUAAGCCAAUAGCAUCUCGAUUCGCCGGCGUUGCGCAGCGUUCGCAAAUGCAGCUGAAACGAGCAAAAAACACGCGCACAACGAAAAAUCCGCAAGUGGAAAAAACUGCUACGGAAAAAUCAACUCUGCCAGCAAACAGUGUUGCAAAUCGAUGGAGUUAAACAGCUGAGUGGUUAGUGUUGACUGACAGCCGAGUACGGCAACUUACAACACUGUAGGCGUUUUGGCGCGAUUUUAGGUUUUGGAGGGAAACUGCAUCUAGUGAAAAAUCGUGGCCAGUUGUAAUUCGAGCAGUGCGCUGGCACGACGUGGUGAUAAAAAAGGAAAACUAAUAGAAUUAUACUGACUAGUGAUAAUUAACCGGACGUGCCCAUCUGUUAAUUCAGCCAAGUGGUAUCUUUACAACCGUUUAGCCAACAACCAAAUUGCUAUCAGAAAUAUAUAUUAUACACACUUACUAUGGCCCAGCCAUCGGUAGCUGCAUUUUUCACAAACCGCAAACGCGCCGCCUUGGAUGAUGCUAUCAGUAUCAAGAACAGGCGUUUGGUGGAACCCGCUGAAACCGUCUCUCCUGCCUCCGCCCCUUCCCAGUUGCCAGCCGGCGACCAGGAUGCGGAUCUAGACACCCUGAAGGCGGCGGCCACGGGCAUGCGUACCCGAUCCGGACGCACUGCCCGACUAAUUGUCACCGCCGCUCAAGAGAGCAAAAAGAAGACACCGGCUGCCGCCAAGAUGGAGCCACACAUCAAGCAGCCCAAGCUGGUGCAAUUCAUUAAAAAGGGCACUCUGUCGCCCAGGAAACAGGCUCAGUCCAGUAAGCUGGACGAGGAGGAGCUGCAGCAGUCGUCGGCCAUAAGCGAGCACACGCCCAAGGUUAACUUCACCAUCACAAGCCAGCAGAAUGCGGACAAUGUGCAGCGUGGCCUGCGCACACCCACCAAGCAGAUCCUCAAGGAUGCCUCGCCGAUCAAGGCGGAUCUCCGCCGUCAGCUCACUUUCGACGAGGUAAAAACGAAGGUAUCGCGGAGUGCCAAGCUGCAGGAACUCAAGGCAGUGCUGGCCCUUAAGGCGGCGCUCGAGCAGAAGCGCAAGGAGCAGGAGGAGCGCAACAGGAAACUCCGCGACGCUGGCCCCUCCCCAUCGAAGUCCAAGAUGAGCGUGCAGCUCAAGGAAUUCGACACAAUCGAACUGGAGGUGCUUAUAAGCCCUUUGAAGACCUUCAAGACUCCCACAAAAAUACCGCCACCCACCCCGGACAAACAUGAGCUUAUGUCGCCGCGUCACACUGACGUCUCCAAGCGCCUUCUCUUCAGUCCGGCCAAAAAUGGAUCUCCUGUCAAAUUGGUGGAGGUGCCGGCUUAUAAGCGCUACGCCAGUCUGGUGGAAAGCAGCCGCGCCGGCCAACUUCCAUUGCCUUAUAAGUACCGACACCUGUUGGACGUGUUCAAGGGUCUCGAUUCCGUGGUGGCCAUGUUUCACAACCGCAAGGAGACCAUCACAUUCAAGAAGCUUAAGCCGGCAGUGCAGCGCAUGCUCCGGAAGAACUUCACUGAGACCCAUUUGGCCCAGAUCAAGCACAUCUAUCCAGACGCAUUUAUCUUCAGUCAGGUGAAGACGCGCAAUUUCGGUUCUGUCUCCAAAGCGGACUAUUUCCAGCUGAUCAUCGCUCCCAAUGUGGAGCCACUGCCCGAGCAACAGCAAUCGGAGAAGCCACAACAUUUCACCAAGAUCAACGAAGACGAUGUGCUCGCGUCGGCCCAGUCGACGUCCAUGAAUCCACACGUUAUGACGGCGCGCAUGCAGCGCUUUCAGAGCCUUCUGCUCGAUCGGGCAAUGCGGGCGCACGACCAGUUCCUUCGCUCCCAGGAUCCGCCGAUCAUCAUCGAAAAGGCGCUGACUCGCUGGCAUCCGCAGUUUGAUUUGGAGAGUUGUCCGGAAGUGGAGCUGUCCCCUUUGCCGCAGCCGCCCAAUGUCGAGAAAUACUCGUCAGCUAAGGAUAUUCUGUCUACCGCUCGAAAUCUCUUCAAUUGCGCCACGCCCAUGGAGAGAGCAAUGGAUCGCUAUGAGGCCAAGUUGGAGUCGGAAAAACAGCAAGCAGCUGAAAGCAAUAAAAAGACGGAGGAACAGCAGGCAGGAGAAGUUACCAGGACAAGUACAGCGAUUCAAACCAGUCAGGAGGUGCCUGGAAUAUCUGGAUCAUCGAAAAACCCAACUGUCCCUGAAACAACAAACCAAACAGAAACUGCCAAGCCCACCGUGAAGGAUUGCACAGUGCCAGAUGCCAGCUCCAAUCUACUGAAGGGACUGCCAAAAUCACUGAUCGAGAAAAUUCGAGCCAAACAGGCAGCAAAGGCUUUGGAGGCGAUGACUCGACGUCCUUCGCAGGACCAGGAGGCCACGAAGUACUCACGUUUGCCCGAAUUGGCCAGACACCUGCGCAAUGUCUUCGUUACCGAGCGUAAAGGAGUGCUCACCCUGGAAGUAAUCAUCAAGAAGAUCCAGAACAGCUUCCGGGCGAACCUCACACCGCAGGAAAUUGAGGCGCAUCUGAAACUACUUGCCAAGGAGCUACCCAGCUGGGCUUCCUUUCAUGAAGUGCGCAAGACCAUGUACCUCAAGGUUGCCAAGGACAUGGACAUGAACAAGAUCAUCGAGAAGCUGGAGAGCGUGGCUAACGCCAAGAGCAAUUAGACCGGAAACACGGAAACGCAACCAGGACGCGGGACUCCGUCGAGCAAUGACCCUGUGGCUAUAUCCAGAUAUAUGUUUAAGUACUUGUCAAACUCGCUGGCCAUUACUUGAUUAAACAACCGGAUUAGGCUAACCAUCUUGACAUUUCCACAUUCAACAAGCACCUUGACAACCAGGAUUGGAUUCAUCACAUUUACCCAAGCAAUCAUUAUCAUUAUAUGUGUAAUUUUUGGACCAAACGUUUAUACAUUCAUAUUUAUUAGUUUUAAGACCAUUUUCAUGUUGUACCACGUUGAAUAAAUAAAUAUUUUUCCUGG